UCACUGUGGGUUUGUGGGUGAUUGUUUCUGUCUCUGUUUUCACAAGAUAGGCUGCUGGUUUUCGCGGUCCGUUUGUUGUUUUGUUACUUAGUUAUUUCAUGUAUCGUUCUAUUUUCAUUAAAGAACAUGAGUAACCACCACGCAGCAUUUUGGUCCGCUCCUCUUUCAACAGACGAUCUUCGUUACAGCCAGGGGUCAGUGCUCUAAAAUGAGUAUCUCUGGGGAGAGAGAGGGGGGCCCUGCCUCUAAAAUGAGUCUCACUGGGGAGAGAGAGGAGGGGGGCCCUGCCUCUAAAAUGAGUCUCACUGGGGAGAGAGAGGAGGGGGGCCCUGCCUCUAAAAUGAGUCUCUCUGGGGAGAGAGAGGAGGGGGGCCCUGCCUCUAAAAUGAGUCUCUCUGGGGAACAUGACACCAAAGCUAAGAGUCCAAUCAAGCAGGAGAGACCAGCCUCCCCUGUUCCCAGCUGUGUGUCCAUGAAGAGUGACUGGUCUAUGGAUCAUCCUAUAUACUUUAGAGAGGGAGACUUUUCUACUGAACAAAGAAACCAACAGGAGAGAUCAGAGUCAGAGAUUCUCAGUGGUCAGUCUUCCCAGAGUCAUCAAACAGACCUGGACUCCAUAUUCAGUUUGCUUGAACAGAAUAUUAUGACAUUUGUGAAGAAUGAGCUGAAGAUGUUCAAGAGGAUUCUUAGUCCAGAACUCCCAGAAGGCUUUGAGAGUCAGAUGCAGGAUAAGGAAGUGGUGGAUGCUGAAGAUGAGAAGCAGGAGAGCAGUGCCAGAGAGGGGGCUCUGAAGAUCACACUGCACAUCCUGAGGAAAAUGAACCAGAAGGAGCUUGCUGACACACUGGAGAAAUAUGAUCUUGCUGUGAUUUGCCAACGUGAACUCAAAUCUAGUCUAAAGAAGAAGUUUCAAUGUGUAUUUGAGGGGAUCGCUAAACAAGGAAACCCAACACUUCUCAAUAAGAUCUACACAGAGCUCUACAUCACAGAGGGUGGAACAGGAGAGGUCAAUAAUGAACAUGAGCUGAGACGGAUUGAGACAACAACCAGGAAACAAGCAAGACCAGAGACUCCAAUCAAAUGUAACGACAUCUUCACACCCUUAACUGGACAAGACAAACCUAUCAGAACUGUGCUGACAAAGGGAGUCGCUGGCAUUGGAAAAACAGUCUCUGUGCAGAAGUUCAUUCUGGACUGGGCUGAAGGAAAAGCAAAUCAGGAUGUCCAAUUUGUAUUUUCAUUCCCUUUUUGGGAGCUGAAUUUGAUGAAAGAGGACAAACACACUUUAAUUGAACUUCUUAAUCACUUCUCAAUGGAAACCAAACAGUCAGGAAUCUCCAACUUCGACAAGUACAAAGUUCUGUUCAUCUUUGAUGGUCUGGAUGAGUGCAGACUGCCCCUAGACUUCCAGAAGAACAAGCUCUGUUGGGACGUCACAGAGUCAACCUCAGUGGAUGUUCUGCUGACAAAUCUCAUCAAGGGAAAUCUGCUUCCCUCUGCUCUCCUCUGGAUAACUACCCGACCUGCAGCAGCCAAUAAGAUCCCUUCAGGGUGUGUUGACCAGGUGGCAGAGGUACGAGGGUUCAAUGACCAACAGAAGGAGGAGUACUUCAGGAAGAGAUUCAGUGAUGAGGACCUGUCCAGCAGAAUCAUCUCACACAUAAAGACAUCAAGGAGCCUCCACAUCAUGUGCCACAUUCCAGUCUUCUGUUGGAUUUCUGCAACAGUCCUUGAACACAUGCUGAAACAUAAGAGAGAAGAGAUGCCCAAGACUCUGACUGAGAUGUACACACACCUUGUGGUGUUUCAUACCAAACAGAAGAAUGCGAAGUAUCUUGGGAAAGAGACAGGUCCACACUGGAAUAAAGAGAGCAUUCUGUCACUGGGAAAACUGGCUUUUCAACAGCUUGUGAAUGGCAAUCUGAUUUUCUAUGAAGAAGACCUGAAGGAGGCUGGCAUUGAUGUCAAUGAAGCCUCAGUGUACUCAGGAUUGUGCACACAGCUCUUUAAAGAGGAACGUGGGCUGUACCAGGACAAGGUGUACUGCUUUGUUCAUCUGAGCAUUCAGGAGUUGCUGGCUGCUGUAUAUGUGUUCCUCUCAUUCAUCAACAACAAUGAGAAUGUAAUGGACAAACUGCAAUCAACAUCCAGGAACUUUUCUGUGAGGAUCAAACAAAGGCGUAAAGUUACUUUCUACAAGAGUGCUGUGGAUAAAGCCUUACAAAGUGAGACGGGAAACCUGGACCUUUUCCUCCGCUUCCUUCUGGGCCUCUCACUGGAGUCCAAUCAGAAGCACUUACGAGGUCUACUGACAAAGACAAGAAGCAGCUCACAGAGCCAUGAAGAAACAGUCAAGUACAUCAAGGAGAAGAUCAGGGAGAAUCCCUCUCCAGAGAGGAGCAUCAAUCUGUUCCACUGUCUGAAUGAACUGAAUGACCGUUCUCUAGUGGAGGAGAUCCAAAGAUACCUGAGAUCAGGAAGUCUCUCAAAACCCAACCUAUCACCUGAUCAGUGGUCAGCUCUGGUCUUUGUGUUGCUGACUUCAGAAAAGGAGCUGGAUGUGUUUGACUUGAAGAAAUACUCCAGAUCAGAGGAAGGUCUUCUGAGGCUGCUGCCAGUGAUCAAAGCCUCCAGAGCUGUUCUGCUGUCAGGCUGUGGAGUCACAGAGGAAGGCUGUGCUUCUCUGGUCUCAGCUCUGAGGUCAAACCCCUCAUACCUGAGAGAGCUGGAUCUGAGCUACAAUGACCUGAAGGAUUCAGGAGUGAAGCUGCUCUCUGCUGGACUGGGGAAUCCCCACUGUAAACUGGAGACUCUGAGGCUGUCAGGCUGUGGAGUCACAGAGGAAGGCUGUGCUUCUCUGGUCUCAGCUCUGGAGUCAAACCCCUCACACCUGAGAGAGCUGGAUCUGAGUAACAAUGACCUGAAGGAUUCAGGAGUGAAGCUGCUCUCUGCUGGACUGGAGGAUCCACACUGCAGACUGGAGACUCUGAGGCUGUCAGGCUGUCUAGUCACAGAGGAAGGCAGUGCUUCUCUGGUCUCAGCUCUGAGGUCAAACCCCUCACACCUGAGAGAGCUGGAUCUGAGGUACAAUCACCCAGGAGACUCAGGAGACAGACUGCUCUCUGCUAGACUGGAGGAUCCACACUGCAGACUGGAGAAACUCAAUGUGGGACAUGGUGGAGAGAACAGAAUGAAACCUGGGCUUAGAAAAUAUGUCUGUGAUCUCACACUGGACCCAAACACAGUAAACAGACUCCUCUCUCUGUCUGAGGGGAACAGAAAGGUGACAUGGAGGAGAGAGAAGCAGCCGUAUCCUGAUCACCCAGAGAGAUUUGAGCACUGUAGACAGGUGCUGUGUAGAGAGGGUCUGACUGGGCGCUGUUACUGGGAGGUAGAGUGGAGUGGGAGAGGGGCUGUUAUAGGAGUGACAUAUAAAGGAAUCAGCAGGAGAGGAGAGGGUAGGGACUGUUGGCUUGGAUACAAUGACAAGUCCUGGAGUCUGUUCUGCUCUGACAACAGUUACUCUGCAUGUCACAAUAAUAAUCCCACUACCAUAGACGUCCCCUCCUCCAGCUCCCACAGAGUAGGGGUGUAUCUGGACUGGCCAGCCGGCACUCUAUCCUUCUAUAGAGCCUCCUCUGACACACUGACCCACCUGAUCACAUUCACCUCCAAAUUCACUGAGCCCCUCUAUCCAGGGUUUAGGGUUUAUGAUGUUGACUCUUCAGUGUCCCUGAAAUAA